AUGUGGCAACCGAAACAGCCUGGGAUGGAGGUGAAGCCCGAAGCUUCAAGAAAAGCUCAAAAACGAAAGUGUCAGGAUAGCAGUGGGACAGAAACAGAUUCUGAAGGUUUGGGACAAAGUCCAAAAACCAAAUGCAAGGAUGGAACAGAAAUGCUAUUUAAAGAACCCGGAAAGGCUUGGAAGAAGACCCCUCAGAAGCAACAAGACCUCGAACUUGAGAAACACCAGCCAGGCAAGGGUCAGGUACAGAAAGCCCAGGAAGAGAGUCCAAGACAACUAAAACCCAUAGAGGGUACCAAAGGGCCUCCAGAGCAGGCUGUACCUGAGGGGAAGCCUGCUGAUGCUCGCAAGGGUCGCAAGCGCCCCUACUCCACCAUGGAGGAAAAGGAACAAAGCCCCCCAAAAGAAAAGCACGGAAGGUUGUCACAGAAGAGAGAUCCAGAGAGAGGGGGGAGGUGUUCAGAGGAGACAUCCAUUACACAAAAGAAAGAUGGUGUAAACCAUGGGGGAAGAAGGGGGAACAGCUGGGAGCCUGACUUACCGGGAACACCAGCUCUAACCAUCAUGGAUAGUGGCAGAGGUGACAGGUUACUCCCCAACAAGAUGACAGUACUUGGGGCAGAGGAAAAGCCUCUCACAAACCUAGAAAAGGGCAGAGAAGUGGAUCAAAAUUUUCAUGUUACAGAGGACAUGGAAAAGGAAAUUAGGAGUGCCCUGGGUCCAGGACCCCAAGAGGAAAUCCUAAGUAGGGGAUUCAAAUUGCAAAUCACCCGAAGAGAUAUCCAGACCCUCAAGAAUGGUCAGUGGCUCAAUGAUGAGAUCAUCAAUUUUUAUAUGAACCUUCUGGUUGAGAGAAACGAAAACCAAGGCUACCCUGCUCUUCAUGUGUUUAGCACUUUCUUUUACCCCAAGCUAACGCAGAGCGGUUACUCUUCUGUCAAAAGAUGGACUCGAACAAUUAAUCUCUUUGACAAAGAAAUGAUCCUGGUGCCUAUUCACCAGAGGGUACAUUGGAGCCUGGUGGUGAUCGAUUUGAGAAAACGAAGUAUCGUAUACCUGGAUUCCUUGGGACAGACGGGGAAAACUAUCUGUGAGACCAUCUUCCAGUAUUUACAAAACGAGAGCAAGACUCGAAGGAACAUCGAGCUGGACCCUCUGGAGUGGAAACUAUACAGCAUGUCCGCAGAGGAGAUUCCUCAGCAACUGAAUGGGAGUGACUGUGGCAUGUUCGCCUGUAAAUAUGCAGAUUACAUCGCUAGAGACCAACCUGUCACCUUCUCUCAGCAGCACAUGCCCAUCUUCAGGAAGAGGAUGGUAUGGGAAAUCCUGCACAGUCACUUACUGUAACAACACCCACCUGACUGCUGUGGUCACCAGUGGGCCCUGUACUUUUCUACCGUCCUAACUUGGGAUAUCCGACUGCUGCCCUAAUGCCACCUCUAGGAUGCACGCAAGGACUGCAGGCUUAGACACUGCUGCUGUCCAACCCACAGGAGACCACGAGCAAUACUGUGCAAUACUGUUUUAAUGCUGGAUUUUUUUAAUUGCUGUUUUUUGUUUUAUUUUGUUGUGUUGUGUUUUGUGUGUGGUUUUUUUUUUUUGUUUUUUGUUUGGGUUUUAUUUUUUAAUUUUUGUUUUCUAGUUUGUGUUUUGUUUUUGUUGUUGUUUUGUCUUUAUUUUGUUUUUAGUUAUUGCUUUUUGUUUGUUUUUUGUUUUUUGUUUGUUUUUUUGUUUGCCAAAGCCGUGUGCCACUGCAGGUUCGCUUUUUUUUUUUUUUUUUUAAAUUUUUUUUUACAUGAGACUCUUCAGGAGUCACAGGGAUUAGAACUUGGAAACAUUUUAUUUUUGUUUAAUUUUGUCUUAUUUUGUUGUGUUGUGUUUUCUAUUUUUGUGUUUGUUUUUUUGUUUGGGUUUUAUUUUUUUGAUUUUUGUGUUCUAGUUUGUGUUUUGUUUUUGUUCUUCCUUUAUUUUUAGUUAUUGCUUUUUGUUUGUUUUUUUGUUUGUAUUUUUGUUUGUUUGUUGCUUGGGUUUUGUUUUUCGUUGUCUUGUUUUUUGUUUCUGUUAUUGCUGUUUGUGUUUGUUUUUUGUUUGUAUUUUUUCCCAUGAGACUCUACAGGAGUCACACGGGAUUUGAACUCGGGAAUGCAGACACUGUCCGCCAGCAGAGGGCAGGCGCCAAAGCCACGUGCCACUGCAGGCUCGCGGUUUUUUGUUUUUGUUUUUUUUUUUCUAUGAGACUCGUCGGGAGUCACACGGGAUUCGAACUCAGUCUGCCAGCAGAGGGUGGGCGCCAAAGCCCUGUGCCACUGCAGGCUUGCUUUUUUUUUUAACUGUUAAUUUUCCAUGAGACUCGUCAGGAGUCACACGGGAUUCGAACUCGGAAACGUUUUAGUUUUAUUUUAUUUUGUCUUAUUCUUUGUGUUGUGUUUUUUAUUUGUGUUUGUUUUUUGUUUGGGUUUGAUUUUUUGAUUUUUGUUUUCUAGUUUGUGUUUUGUUUUUGUUGUUGUUUUCUUUAUUUUGUUUUUAGUUAUUGCUUUUUGUUUGUUUUUGUUUGUUUUAUUGUUUGCCAAAGCUGUGUGCCACUGUAGGCUCGCUUUUUUUUUAACUUUUUUUUUUCCCAUGAGACUUGUUCAGAGUCACAAGGGAUUCGAACCCAGAAACGUUUUAUUUUUGUUUUAUUUUGUCUUAUUUUGUUGUGUUGUGUUUUUGAAUUUGUGUUUGUUUUUUUGUUUUUGUUUGGGUUUUAUUUUUUAAUUUUUGUUUUCUAGUUUGUGUUUUGUUGUUGUUUUUUCUUUAUUUUGUUUUUAGUUAUUGCUUUUUGUUUGUUUUUUUUUGUUUUGUUUUUUUGUUUGUCAAAGCCGUGUGCCACUGCAGGCUUGCUUUUUUUUUUUUUUUUAACUUUUUUCCCCCCAUAAGACUCGUUGGGAGUCACACGGGAUUUGAACUCGGAAAUGUGGACAUGGUCCACCACCAGAGGGCAUGUGAUGAAGCCGUGCUCCACCCUGGGCUUACUGUUUGUAUUUUUGUUUGCUGACUUUCUUUGGGUUUUGAUUUUUGUUUUUGUUUUUGUUUUUUUUUGUUUUUUGUUUUUUUUGCUUCUGUUUUUGUUUGUCUGUUGUUUUUUGUUUGGGUUUGGAGUUUUGUUUUUGGUUUCUUUUUUGUUGUUUCUGUUUGUUGUUUAAUUUUUGUUUGUAUUUUUGUUUAUUUGUUGUUUUGUUUGGGUUUUGUCUUUUGUUUGUUGUAGUUUUGGGUUUGGUUUUGGUUUUAUUCUAAGUUGUUCUGUUUGUGUUUCUGGUUUUGUGUUGGGUUGUUUUUUGUUUUUAUGUUUGUGUUUUUGGUUUUGCUCUUUCUUAUUUUUUUAUUUAUGUUUUUGGUCCUGUUCUUGUGUUUUGUUGUUGUUUUGUAUGUUUUUUCUGUUUUUGUUUUGUUUUUGUCUUCCUGAUCCCACCACAGUGAUUAUUUUUCUUGACUCACUGCACACCUUGACCAUUAUCAUUUUCCAAUCCUCUUGCCCUUGUUCGAACUGUCUAUUUUCCAAAGGAAUGUCCAUCCCAGUGCCAUUCCCUGCUGACGAUGAGGAGGGACAUCAGCAGGAAGAGGCAGACGCUGUUCACUGGCAUCUACAAUGAUGGAGUUGGAUGCUCUUCAGUUAAAGCUGGGGGUAGUAGUGGUGUUUUUUUGUUUGUUUUCUUUUGUUGUUGUUGUUUGUAUUUUAUUCUUGAAAAUAGUAUAUGAAAUGAAAAUGAGUUGUACAGAUCGGUGCUGUUCUGAUCCACCGUACACUACUGGACUUGUACAGGAUGUAGAUCUGCAGCCAAACUACUGACUGGACUCCAGGACUAUUAAGAAAAGCGCCAUGGUCAUUAAAGACUCAUUCUUUCCCAGACCUGCCUUAGUUUUGGAAGUUGAUUUGAAGUAACUACAAUGGCAAAUGUCCAUUUUUAUCUCAGGUCUCACUGAAUACAAACCCCAUCUAGGGCUGUAUUGAAUUUUUCUUUUCAAAAGUUCUAUUCAAUUUAAAAUUUAUUCUUAAAAAGUUUUGGUAUCUAUUAAGAUGAAAUUAAGAUUUUUUUUCUCAUUAGAUUAACAUUCCCACUGUGGAAGUUGGGGAUUUGGUAUUUAGGGUUGAUACCGACAGUUAUAAAAUAACCUAUUUUACAUGUGAUAGUUUGUAUUUAACUUUUCUAUUCAUUAAUUAUGGUUGUGUUUAUGCAAUUUUUACUCAAUAAAGUUUAAAGUUAUUUAAACAUUUCA